AUGAUCACAGUAGCGUUGAAAUAUGAAGAACUACACCGUUAUUGCUACACUUGUAAGAGAAUCUCGCAAGAAGGGGGCACAAGCCCAGAGCUUUCUCCAACUCAAAGAGAAGUGAACAGAAUUGCUUGUCUGGAGCAAAUGGAGAAGGAGAAAUUGGCUGCUAGAGAAGCAUUCUCGGCUUCGGCAAAAGGCUUUGAGUCACACGCGAGGUUUCAUUCUCAGACGAAAAACCCCCAUAGCUAUGACUUAGACCGGAAACCAGUGGAUCCCCACAUGAGAAGAAACGAUCGAGCCAUAAUGGAGUAUAAUCAAACAGCAGAGUAUGAAGAUCUCCGUCAUAUAAUCUCAAGCAAGAGAGAUAAGAUCGCAAACACUGUUUGGAAUAGGCUUGACCAUAACUCUGAUGAAAAGAAUCCCCGAGAUCGGGAGAGGUAUUACCCAUAUCAGAAAGAAGUACGAGCAUACCCUAGAUGUCUUCAACGUAUCUCAGAGAGCCUUAAGACACAAGAUGAACGAGAAAUUGAACAAGAAAGAGAACGAAAAUCCGAGGAAGCUAGAAGAUGGAGGUUAAAAGGAAAAGCUAUCAUGGUGAGCUCAGGUGAUAAGGAAGCUAACUUAGAGUCUGGUCGUAUGGCUAGGGAUUCUUAA